AUGGUGAAUGGGAUCGGGAUCGGUGGCAAUCUCAAGGUAUUAAGAAUGAGAUCCAAUUGGGAGAUCAGUGCCAUGGCAAUAAUGGACUUGUGUUUCCCCGGCCAGUGUCUCCGCGAGAUUGAUUUGUCAAACUGCCGAAAAGUCGACGACGAUGUGGUUGAAAGACUACUACAGAAGAACGACCUUAAAAUUCUCAACUUGGGAUACUGCAAAAGCGUCAGUGACCGUGUGGUUCCAUAUUUCUACAACCUUGAAAGCUUGGACUUGACCAGAUGUUCGGGAAUCACCGAUGCCGGUUUCACAUCCCUCCCGUUUCUGCCAUCACUACGCAAACUCAGUCUCCAGCAGUGCAGCUACCUCACAGACAAGGCCAUGCACGCAAUAGUCAACCUGGCCAUUAACCUUGAGAUAUUGAACUUGAAUUUCUGCUGUGGUCUCACCGAUGGGUCGGUCUUGGCCAUAUCAACAGGGUUGCCAUACCUUCGAGAAAUAGACUUAUCAUUUUGUGGGCUGGCGGUGAGCGACUCGUCGUUGGCGUCUUUAUCAUUAUUGCAUUACUUGGAAAAAGUACUCCUUCGUGGGUGUAUCAGAGUAACAAGAGGUGGCGUCGAUGCGUUGCUUACAGGAGCAGCAACAUAUAUCGAUAUUGGACAGUGCCGUAACGCACACAUGUACCCAGGAAACAUACCAGCUCCAGUAUUUUCCACCCAGUGGGUAAAAGUGGCAAACAAAAUAGUCUACAUAGAGAUGUAA